AUGACUCAAGCUUUAGCCUUACGUCUAGGGCAGAGAUUCAAUCUUUGGCCCCCGGAAAACUCAAAGCUCGUUUCUCUAUUGCAAUUUUGCAAACAAGUCUCAGAAAUCUCCCAAAUCCAUGGCUCUAUAGUCAAGACAGGUCUUGAUCACAACCCUUUCUUCUUGAGCAAGCUCCUCGCCUCUUCCAUACACCACAUCCAAUAUGCAGCCUCCAUUUUCAGCCACAUUCAAAACCCAAAUCUCUUCAUGUUCAACACAUUGCUCAGAGCCUAUUCCAUUAGCGGCGAACCAAACAAAGCUUUUCUUGUUUUCAAUGACUUGAGAGCUCGUGGUAUUGUUCUAGACCAGUUCUCUUUCAUCACCACGCUCAAAGCUUGUGCUCGUGAACUGGCCAUUGAGACUGGCCAAGGGAUUCAUGGGGUUGUUGUGAGGUCUGGGCAUGGCGGGUUUAUCGGUGUAAAGAAUACCCUUUUACAUUUCUACUGCGUUUCUGGGAAGAUUGAAGAUGCCCAUCACUUGUUCGAUGAAUUUCCUCACAGAAAUGAUCUGGUUUCAUGGAAUACUUUGAUGGGUGGUUACCUUCAUGUUUCGCAGCCUCGUGUGAUUGUGGACUUGUUUAGGCAAAUGUGUAGAGGUGGUUUUCAAGCGAGUGUAACUAGUGUUCUGCAUCUUUUAUCAGCCAUUGGUGAGUUGGGAAGUUACCUUGGAGGGGAGUCUGUUCAUGGCUACUGCAUCAAGAUGGGAUUUUGUGAUAGCUUACAUGUGGUUACUGCUUUGAUUGAUGUGUAUGCAAAGAAUGGGGAAAUUGAAUUGGCGCGUCGAAUUUUCGAUGGAGUUGCUGUGAAGGAUGUUGUUUUGUGGAAUUGUUUGGUGGACAAGUAUGCAAAAUGCGGCAUGGUGGAAGAAGCAGUAGCUUUGUUACGGCUGAUGAGACUUGAAAGAACGAAACCCAAUUCGUCCACAUUGGCCGGAUUGCUUUCAGCUUGUGCUGCUUCUGGGUCUCCAAGUAUAGGGAGGUUCAUCAUGGAUUAUGUGGAGGAGGAGAAAUUGGUUUUGGAUGCGGUUCUGGGAACAGCUCUGGUUGAUAUGUAUGCUAAAUGUGGGUUCCUAGACAAGGCUCUUGACAUUUUCGAAAGCAUGGAAAACAGGGAUGUGAAAUCAUGGACAGCUAUGAUUUCAGGUUAUGGCGUUCAUGGGGAGGCAGGGAAUGCCUUGAGGCUCUUCUACAGAAUGGAAGAGGAGGGCUGCCGACCUAAUGAAGUCACUUUCUUGGCAGUGCUAAGUGCUUGUAGCCAUGGAGGGCUUGUCAGGGAGGGAGUAUGGUGCUUUGAGAGCAUGGUUCGCAAGUAUGGCUUUGUGCCAGAGGUUGGACACUAUGGUUGUAUGGUUGAUCUUUUAGGUCGUGCUGGGCUGUUGGAAGAAGCACACAGACUGAUCGAAAGCUUGCCCGUUAAGAGUGAUGUUUCUGCAUGGCGUGCAUUGCUUUCGGCUUGCAGGGUCUUUGGGUAUGUCGCUCUUGGGGAAGUUGUACAAAGAGUGCUGGCUGAACUAAACGAUGACCAUCCCACCAAUGCAAUGCUGCUAUCAGGGACUUAUGCCAUUGCCGGAAGGUUGCACGAUAGUUCAAAUAUGAAGGAUACGGUGGAGGAACAGAUGGUGAGAAAAGAAAAUCCAGUAAAGGAAGCUGGACUCAGCACAAUUGAGUUGGAUAGUUAA